AUGAACUUCAUCUUCAAGUCCAAGUCGCGCACACCACAGGAGCUCGUUCGUCACCUGCGCGACACCAUCCUACGCCUUGACUCUGCCUCUCCCCUCGGUGGCAGCAACUCUUCCAACUCGCUCAGCAAUCACUACUCUAACGGAACUUCUUCCACUUCCUCCUCUUCGGGUGCAUCCGCCGCUGGCUCGUCUUCUUCCUCUGGCAUCACCUCGUCCGGCUCUUCCGGUGGUGGCUCCUCCUCCGAAUCUAAACGCAAAGCGGUCGACGAAAUUUCCAAAACACUCUGUCAGAUCAAGGCCAUCCUCUUUGGAGACGGAGAUGCCGAUCCACAGCCAGAACUAGUCGCCCAACUGGCACAGGAAGUCUACUCCCACGAUGUGCUCCAGCUCCUCGUCGCUCACAUCUCCAAGUUCGAAUUCGAAGCCAAGAAGGAUGUCUCGCAGAUCUUCAACGUCCUCCUCCGAAGGCAGAUCGGCUCUCGUUCUCCCACCGUCGAGUACCUCGCCACACGUCCCGAAGUCGUCUUCCUCGCGCUUCGCGGAUACGAAAACCCAGACGUGGCGCUCAACACUGGAAUGAUCCUUCGCGAAAUGCUGAGGCACGAACAGCUAGCCAAGAUCUUGCUGUAUUCGGAUCGAUUCUACACCUUCCCCGAAUACAUCGAGACCACCACGUUCGGCAUCUCUUGCGAUGCAUUCUCCAACUUCAAGGAAACCCUCACUCGACACAAAUCCAUGGUCGCCUCCUACCUCGAAUCCAACUACGACCGCUUCUUCGCCACCUACACCACCCUCCUCACCUCUCCCAACUACGUCACCAAACGUCAAUCCCUCAAGCUCCUCGGCGAAAUCUUGCUCGAUAGGACAAACUUUACCGUCAUGACCCGCUACAUUUCGUCGGAAGACAACCUCAAGAUGAUGAUGAAUUUACUGAGGGACAGGAGCAAGAACAUCCAGUUCGAAGCCUUUCAUGUUUUCAAGGUGUUCGUCGCCAACCCAAAGAAGCCGGUUCAGAUCGAGAACAUUCUGCGCAGGAAUAGGGAGAGGCUGGUCAAGUUCUUGGGCGAGUUUCAUAAUGAUAAGGACGACGAACAGUUUGUCGAUGAAAAGCAGUACGUGUUGCAGAUCAUCGAGGCUACGGGUAAGACGAGCGCAGGUCAGGCGCAAGGCGGUGCAGCACCGGCGAUAGGCGCAAAGUAG